AUGGCCAAAGCUGGGGGCCUGCCAUCUUGUGGCUUCGCGGUCUUCGCGGACAAAGGCGGCCAGCCGCCUCUCCUCGUCGAGCGCCGGGCCAAAGGCAAGCGGGUGACGGUCAUCAGCGGUGUGAGGGGCAAUGCCAGGGCACUUUGCACCGCGCUGACGACUCUGCUGGGUGUCGGUGGAACCGUGCAUGCAAAGGGUGCGCUGGCAGACGUGGAAGUGCAAGGGGAGCAGGUGGAGCGUGUGGCGCAGGCCCUGACCCAGCUGGGCUGCCUGCGAGGUCCCACAGGGGCCAAAGCCCCGGCACCAGUAACCGUUGUGGAACGCAGCUGUGGCUACGAUGCCUUCCUCAAGGAGGAGGAGGGGACGAGAAAGGAUCGGAAGGAGCGACACCGCGCAGGACCGACCCUGGAGCCUCCAGAGCCCCCAGAGGACGCUCCCUGCCGGGCCUGGCACGG